AUGAUGUUUUUAUUUGAAAAUAGUAUAAAUAUGAUAAAAUAUAGUAUAUAUCUAGUACCUUUAAUAAUAAUGAUAUUAUUAAGUAUUAGUAUAAAAGAGGAUAGUAAUAGAAUGAUGUUAUUAUUUAAAAGUCUAAAAUUAACAAUAAUACUAAUACUAGUAUUAUUAACGAUUGAGGAAGCAAUUUAUGUAAAAUUAAAUGGACAUCUAAUAAAAACAGAAUUAAUUACAUUCGUAGAAUAUAUCUUAUUAGUAGUAAGUUAUCUAAUAAUAAGUAUGUUUGAAGAAGGAGUAAAGGAAGGACGAAAAACGAAAAUAACAGAAGAAGCGUUAAUUUUAAUGUAUAGUAGUUUAAUAGGAAUGUUAAUAAGUAUGGAAGCACAUAAUUUAAUAACCUUAUUUUUAAGUUUAGAAAUAACCAGUAUCUGUUUUUAUAUAUUAGCAUUAAAUAAAAAUAGUAGAAAAGUAAGUAUAGAAGGAGGAUUAAAAUAUUAUAUAAUAGGAGGAAUAGCAAGUACAAUAAUAUUAUUAGGAAUCGUAAGUAUUUAUAAAAAUACAGGAAGUUUAAUGUAUACAGAUAUAUUAGUAAUAGGAAUGGAAAGAAUAGGAAAUUAUCAAGUACAAAUGGGAAUAGCAUUAAUAGUAUUAGGAUUAAUAAUAAAAUUAGGAGUCGCACCAUUUCAUGGAUGGUUAAUAGAUACAUAUGAAGGGACAGGAAUGUUAAUGACAUUUUAUUUAACAAUAACACAAAAAAUAGUAACAAUAAUAGUAUUAAUAAAUUUAUAUAAAAAUCUAAUAACAUAUCUAAAUAUAGAAGUAAUAAAUAAAGGAUUAUUAGUAUUAAUAUUAGUAACAUUAAUAGUAGGAACAGUAGGAAGUUUAAGACAACAAAAAGUAAUAAGAUUUAUAGCAUACAGUGCAAUAGUUAAUAGUGCAUUAUUAAUAUUAUUUUUUGUAGGAAAUAAUACAGAAGAAUUAAUAAUAUAUAGUAUAUAUUAUUUAAUAAAUUAUAUAAUAGGAUUAGCAGUAUUAAUAAAUAUUAUAAUAGGAGUAGUAAAAACAAAAAAUGGUGGAAAUAUAGAAAUAUUAAGUGAAUUAAAAAAUAUUUGGUUAAACAAUAAAGUAAUAGGAAUCAGUUUAAUAAUAGUAUUAAUCUAUUUAGCAGGAUUACCACCAUUUACAAAUUUUAUUAGUAAAAUAAUAUUAAUAUUACCAUUAAUAGUAGAAGGUAAAAUUUAUAUAACAAUGAUAAUAUUUUUUUUAACUGUAGGAAUAAUGAUAUAUUAUAUGAAUGUCGUAAAAAUAAUAAUAAUAGAUAAAAAACAAGAAGUAGGCGUAGAAACAUAUAAAAUGACAAAGGGUGGAAGUAUAACAAAUAUAGUAGGAGGUAUAAUUUGGAUAAUAAUCUCUCAAAUAUAUUUAGAUGAGAUAAUAAGUAUAAUAAAAAUAAUAGUAGCAAUAAAUUAA